AUGGCACCCAGCACGUCCCAGUUGCCAUCGCGGUUUCCAUGCUGGUGCCGAGCAGUGUAUUCGUGGGGAGGAGAGACCACGCGGGACUUGGGCUUCGUGGAGGGUGAUCUGAUCGAAUGUCUGAAUGCGGGAGAUGGCCAGUGGUGGAUGGGUCGUUUGCGCCGUGAUAAGCGCGCGGUUGGACUCUUUCCCUCCAACUUUGUUGAGCUCAUGAGUGAAGACUUUGUCCCCAUCAGCCGUGAUACCAGCCCAAUGGUUCAAGCAGGAUCUUCGCCAAUUAACAAUCCGACGUCCGCGCCCAAGAAAGCAAAGACCGUCUUCCGGAAACCAUUCCAAGCGCAUAAGGAAGCCCUCUCCCCGGCCUCAAACCUGGCUCGCAGCAGAUCAAACACCCCAGUCAAGAGCUCUAUUCCACAGACGCCUCCUAGAGAUGGGGGUGUCCCCAGGAGCGUCAAACCUCUGCGUACCCAUGCGUCUGUGGUCAAGAACCAGGGCUCUAUGUCAUCUCGUCCUUCGUCUGUCUCUUCCCGUCCUUCCACCCGCGGCGUUUCACCCCGCGCAUCCAUGGAACCUGAACGGUCACCGUCUGCAAUUAUGCCUCGCGGUAGCGUAUCUUCCUCGCGUCCGUCUUCCCGUGAAGUCUCGCCAAUGGUUCGAGAGGUCUCCCCGAUGGCCCACGAAAGCUCUCCGGUGUAUUAUCAAGCUCCCCCAUCGCGUCAAGAAGCCUCUCCUUUGCCACCUCGCGCGGCUUCCCCAAUGGCCCAUCGGUCUGUUUCACCAAUGCCUAAUCGUGCAGUAUCGCCGGCACCGUACAAUACAUCAGCUGCCAUGCGAGGAGCAUCUCCAAUGUACUACGACGACUCUCCGAGGCAUCGAGAGGUUUCGCCAAUGCCCUAUCAUGCGCCACCCACCAUGCCUCACCGAGCGCCCUCUCCGAUGUACUAUGAUGAGUCUCCUAGGCAUCGACAAGUUUCACCGAUGCCCCAUCGUGCUGUUUCGCCAAUGCCUUACCAUGCACCACCUACUAUGCCACAACGGGCACCCUCUCCAAUGUACUAUGACGAUUCUCCCAUGAAUCACGAGGUCUCGCAGAUGCCGCAUCGCACAAUCUCACCAAUGCCCCAGCAAGUCUCUCCGAUGCAGAUGCAAGAACGUGAGGAGUCUCCCCCUCCUCCCCCCUCCCCCACCACACCGAGUCGCUGUCAAUCGUCCUCGGUCACACUCGCCUCAGCCGCCUAUGCACGCGUCACAACAGCCGCAGCGCUUACUACGCUCCCCAAAGCCCCCAAAUCAUUCUCCAAUGCCUUCACGCUCUCCUACUCCAUUGAACAUGAACGAUCGUUACGUGAUAUUUUCCCGUACUCCUUCACCUGGAGCCAUGUCGACACGUUCCGGGAUGACAUGGGCUUGCCACGAGAUCACCCUCCCUCGCCCUCGCCACGCCAAGCACCUUCACCGUCUCCCCCACCGGCAUUCAACAACCCCUGGUCUGGCGAUGCGUACGAUGAUAUGAAUGACAAAACGCCUCCAGCUACUAGACGUCGACCAUUGACCUCGCUCGGGUUUGAUGGCAAUAAGCAGCAGGCUCGUGGUGAGCUGGUGCACCGCAACAGCGUCUAUUCCCACGAUCAUAUGGAUGGCCCGCCUCAAUUAAACAACUAUGUCCAACGGAUGGAGAGCCGUCUUCGACAGCUGGAAUCUCAAAACCGUCCGCCCGAGGACGACGAAACAGGAGGGGACGAUCAACCUCCUCCGCCACCCCCAAAGCAUGCCACACGCCACAAUUCUAUCCCUGCCCAGUAUCCACACCUGAGCGAGCGUAGGUCCGGGAGAGAUAUGAGAAAUGACAGGUUGAAUCGAACCUUCACGAACAAGUCCAAUACUACAAGCUCUAGUGGAGUGCAAAGCAUCGGGACCAAUCAAACGACGAGUACAGACAAGACUGGCCAGAGCUUGAUGAGUGGGUUUUCCGCUGGGGGGUUUAGUGCGACUAGCGCCGGGAGCUACGCAAGACGGAAUGGGACCUACCAAAGGCCGAACACCGCCAUGGAUACAGUUCGCUCUCGUGGCUUCAGUGAUGCGGGACACAUGGAUAGACCAGAAUCACCUAUGACAGGGGUAUCCUAUCACUCAAGUCACAACACAUCUCGCCAGGGCGCAUCAUCGGCCAUUCCAUGGUCGUCUAAUGACAAUGAUGUAGGCGACGCGGGUGGAGUGUUUGGUGGUCUUUCUACCCCAAAGAGUAAGAAGCAGGGCUUUUUUAAAAAGAUUUUUGAGUCUGCCAAGACAGGCGCUGCCAGUGCGAGGAGCAGCAUUUCAGUCGGCCAUGGCUCUCCGUCUCCCACAAAAGGAAACAGGGUAGUCGAUGUUGUGUCGCCACUCCUCACCUCUCACUCAAAUCGCGAUACACCGCGUGAUAAUGAAGUUAACACAAGCGCCAUUGACUGGGUUCAAGUUCGCCGUGAUGUCAAUCGAGCGUCUUCCCCCAGCCGGAAUGAGAGAAUUGACCGGGCCGAACGGUGUCAGAUGAUGGACCAUCCCGUUAUAUACGCUGUUGAGGAAUUGCAUGAUACUGCAGAGGGUGACGAAAGUAUUGACGGCUUGCCCAUCGCUGACCCUGCGAAUUUCAACUCUGGGAACUUGACCUUGGUCGACAAGAGCGCGCGGUUCAUUAAUAGCGUUCCGCCGACAACAAACCCCGUGAGUCUUGCUCAAGGCUACAUUUGUCGUCCUUAUAAGAGUGAUGUACAGCGUCUCCGCGCAAUUUUCACCUGGGUCAGCGAGAAAAUUGCGUGGGAAGAACCCGUUGAUGGCAUCGAGGUUGACAUGAAAAGAGUUUUGCACGCUAAGCGAGGCAGCCCUCAGGAGAUUGCGAUUUUGGUGAAUGAUAUGUGUGCCGCUGUUGGUCUUCACGCAGAGGUUAUCCAUGGAUUUUUGAAGACCCCUGGCAAUGCUCUGGACCUUGACAGCCUCUCCCGCCCCAACCAUUGGUGGAACGCAGUUCUCGUUGAUGGAGAGUGGCGUUUCAUGGAUUGUGCAUUGGCGAGUCCGACCAACCCUCAGAGAAGCCGGUUCGUCACCAUCAACUCUUCCGUGGCAGAAAGCUGGUAUUUCCUCGCACGGCCACUAGAUCUUUGCUAUACCCACAUUCCACUCUAUCCUGAAGAACAACACAUUUGUCCUCCGGUCUCGCCGGAUGUCCUUUUGGCACUCCCAACUGUAUGUCCACAGUACUUCAAGCUAGGCGCUCAGUUUCCGGAUUAUGACACUAGUCUGCUCCAACUUGAGGGCUUGGAAUGCAUGCAAAUUUGUCUCGUGGUCCCCCCGGAUGUCGAAUGCGCUGCUGAGGUGGAGGCUCCCGCGUUCGCGCGUGACAUGGAUGGUGACUUCUUUGAGAGUGGUGAUAUUGUGCGCAAGCGUGCCCUUGUUCAGCCGGACUGGAUCCGCGGCCAAAAGCGCAUCACUAUCAAGGCUGUCCUACCAGGGGACGAAGGACAGGCUGUGCUCAAAGUGUAUGCUGGCAAGAAGGGCCUUAUGCAUUCCAGCAAAGACAUCCCUCACCCGUUGGCCCUCGCUCUCCCUAUGUUCCACACUGGCGAGAACCCGCCCUACGACUUUGUGCUGCGUCAUCCUACACCGCAUGCUCAACGCCAUGACCUCUACAUCAUGCAGCCUCAGUGCUCUCGUUUAGCAGUUAACAAUACCUUUGUUUUUGCCGUUCGCCAGCACCCCGCUUCUCCCCAGCUCCCGUCCAAGGAUGAAUUCCCCAUGAACGGCCGCGCCUCUCCUUCCGUCUUUAAUCGUCCCUCUAGUGCAUUGAGCAUGGUGUCUAGCACUGCUGGUGCGUCGACCGUAUCCAGCAACUCCAAUGAAUUCUCGGCGUCUACUUCUGCCAUCUCCUCCACCCGCUCUGCUAGUGGACGGGACAAACCAGCCAAGCUGGCCAUCCAGUCCCCAUCCGGCAAGAUCAUGCGUCUCAGCCGUAAGGCCGAACACAUGAUAUCCCCAGACAAUCCCUCUGACUCUAUCAGAGACGCUGCGGCUGAGGGUAGUGUAUGGGAGACAGUGAUCAAGAUUGGUGAACGUGGAACCUGGCGCGGCUUGGUCCUUGCUGACCGAGUGGCACGCUGGUGUGUAUUUUGCGAGUGGGAGUGUGUUUGA